AUGGUGUAUGGAUUGGGAUAUAAUAAGUUUGGUCAGCUCGGGUUAGGACACAAUACACCCAUUCAUACACCACAACGAGUGCCACAAUUAUGCCAUCAAAAUAUUCAUCAAUUUUUCAAUGGAUAUGACUUUGCAUUGGCUGUCAAUACGGAUAAUAAUGUGAUAUUCAGUUUUGGUCGCAAUGAUGAGGGACAAUUGGUACGGAAUGUGGAUAUGGAUAGAAAUUUGUGGUUGGAGUCAUACAAUUGUGUUGACAUCAAAUGGACAGAAACUCAGGAUAAGUUGAAUAAUUCAAUAUCAUUUGAAAAGUCAUUUGAUUUAGUAAAUAAGCUUGUAUAUCCCUAA